GACUGACACAAUGAUCCACAUCUGGCGCAAGGCUCGUCGUCUGGGCCGUCCAACCCCGAUGCGACGAUGAGGACGGAGACUGAAUGAAUCACGGGAUUUCCGAAGGCCUGGAAGCCGUCAAGCCGAUAUGCGACACAAGCCCAACCCUUCCUGACGCUCCACGCGCUCGUCUCUCUCCUUCCUUCCAUCCUCCCUCCCUCCUUCCCUCCCUCGCUCGCCUCUGGAGGACCCUCGCCAUCCUGCCCAAGCGCACCACCAAACCCCCAGCAGCGGCGCUAGGGUUCGCGCCUCGGCGCGUCGGCACCGUCACCUGCGGCGAUGGCGGGGCAGGAGCGUAGGACAAUCGAUCUGGAGGAGGGAUGGGCGUUCAUGCAGAAGGGCAUCACCAAGCUGAAGAACAUCCUCGAGGGCAAGCCCGAGCCGCAGUUCAGUUCCGAGGACUACAUGAUGCUCUACACGACGAUAUACAACAUGUGCACGCAGAAGCCGCCGCAGGACUACUCACAGCAGCUCUACGACAAGUAUCGGGAGUCGUUCGAGGAGUACAUCGCCUCCAUGGUACUACCUUCAUUAAGGGAGAAACAUGACGAGUUUAUGCUGAGGGAGCUAGUGCAAAGGUGGUCAAACCAUAAAGUCAUGGUUCGCUGGCUGUCACGCUUCUUUUAUUACCUUGACCGAUACUUCAUAUCAAGGAGGUCACUUACACCACUUAAAGAAGUGGGCCUUACUUGCUUCCGAGAGUUGAUCUAUCAAGAGAUUAAAGGACAAGUUAAAGAUGCAGUGAUAGCUCUGAUAGACAAAGAACGUGAGGGUGAACAGAUUGACCGGGCUCUGUUGAAGAAUGUUUUGGAUAUUUUUGUUGAAAUUGGGUUGGGUCAAAUGGAGUGUUAUGAGAAUGACUUUGAAGAUUUCUUGCUCAAGGAUACUACAGAGUACUACUCUGUCAAAGCUCAAAGCUGGAUUCUUGAGGACUCAUGCCCAGAUUACAUGAUUAAGGCUGAGGAGUGUUUAAAGCGGGAGAAGGAGCGAGUUGGUCACUAUUUGCAUAUUAGCAGCGAACAGAAGUUAUUGGAGAAAGUGCAAAAUGAAUUGCUUGCUCAGUAUGCAACCCCGCUGUUAGAGAAGGAGCAUUCUGGAUGUUCUGCUUUGCUUCGCGAUGACAAGGUUGAGGAUCUUUCUAGGAUGUACAGACUCUUCUCCAAAAUCUCCCGUGGUCUGGAGCCUAUUUCAAACAUGUUCAAAACGCAUGUCACAAGUGAGGGUACAGCCUUGGUCAAGCAAGCAGAAGAUUCUGCUAGUAAUAAGAAGCCAGAGAAGAAGGAUAUGGUUGGCAUGCAGGAACAGGUCUUUGUGUGGAAAAUCAUCGAGCUGCAUGACAAAUAUGUAGCUUAUGUGACAGAAUGUUUCCAGGGACAUACACUCUUCCAUAAGGCACUUAAAGAAGCCUUUGAGGUCUUCUGUAACAAAGGUGUCUCUGGCAGUUCGAAUGCUGAGUUGUUGGCUACCUUCUGCGACAAUAUUCUGAAGAAAGGCUGCAGUGAAAAGCUCAGUGAUGAAGCCAUUGAAGAUGCCCUUGAGAAGGUUGUGAGAUUGCUGGCAUACAUCAGUGAUAAAGACCUGUUUGCCGAGUUCUAUAGGAAGAAACUUGCCAGAAGAUUACUUUUCGACAAAAGUGCUAAUGAUGAGCAUGAGAGAAGUAUUCUGACAAAGCUCAAGCAACAGUGCGGGGGGCAGUUUACUUCCAAAAUGGAGGGCAUGGUUACGGACCUUACUGUCGCUAGAGAUCACCAAACUAAGUUUGAAGAGUUUGUAGCUGGGCAUCCAGAGUUGAAUCCUGGCAUAGAUUUGGCUGUUACUGUUUUGACAACGGGAUUCUGGCCAAGCUACAAAACUUUUGACAUAAACCUUCCUGCGGAGAUGGUGAAAUGUGUAGAGGUUUUCAAGGAAUUCUAUCAAACAAGAACGAAGCACAGGAAGCUGACAUGGAUUUAUUCCUUGGGAACCUGCAACAUCAAUGCUAAGUUUGAUGCUAAACCUAUUGAGCUCAUUGUUACGACAUAUCAGGCUGCAUUACUACUACUGUUCAAUGGAUCCGAAAGGCUUAGUUAUUCUGAAAUUGCAACACAAUUAAACCUGUCAGAUGAUGAUGUAGUGCGUUUGCUCCAUUCACUUUCUUGUGCAAAAUACAAGAUCCUUAACAAGGAACCAGCAAAUAGAUCCAUCUCGCCCAAUGAUGUUUUUGAGUUCAAUUCAAAAUUUACUGACAGAAUGAGAAGAAUUAAGAUUCCACUGCCUCCCGUUGAUGAGAAGAAAAAGGUUGUUGAAGAUGUUGACAAAGACAGGAGGUAUGCAAUUGAUGCAUCAAUUGUGCGCAUUAUGAAGAGCCGCAAAGUUAUGGGUCAUCAACAGCUGGUUGCUGAAUGUGUUGAGCAGCUUAGCCGCAUGUUUAAGCCGGACUUCAAAGCCAUAAAGAAGAGGAUUGAGGAUCUCAUCACAAGGGACUAUUUGGAGCGCGACAAGGACAACGCCAAUACGUACAAAUACCUUGCCUGAUUGGUGGUUAGUGACAAAGUCCAAAACAGCUCCGGGACUAUGCGAUACCACUGGGAUGGCAAUCUUCCUGCAAUGUCGUGGUGCGUCCACUUCUACCAUGAUUUGCAGCACGUUUUGGUGAUUUGCCCUGCCACAGCACGGGCUGCUCACAUUUUGUACAUUGGUCGUUAAAUAGGAUAAGCGUGUUGGCCUACAUUAGAUAUAAUGAUGAUUGAUGAUAUGAGGAAUAGGAGAGGCAUUCAAGUACUUGUAUGUGUCUUCUAUGCCAAUGCUUUAUCUAUAUAGCUGUAUCAGUGUUCCAGUCAAUUGAUAUGAGAUGAUGCUUGGAGUCGUUUUGCUAUAUGAAGUGACGGAUACAAUGGGAAUUUGCAGCAUCCGUUUGUAUCUGAAUGCACCUGCUUUUGUUUUAUAGGUAGAUGCGUAUUCUGGCUCCGUUGUCACCUGUUGGUUUGUGGAGGCAGAGUGGAUUGGUCAGCUAGCUGACGGAAGUCACUGACUCACUAGAAGCUAUUAAGUGGUUUUGUACUUACUGAGUCAAAUAUAUGUCAUACGUUGAAACCAUGUUUCGUAAUUAUGAAUAGUUUCUUUAAAAUUAAA